CGGACCAACCUGGAGCCGUUAUUCAGCGGGGAGACGGGGAGGGGCCCGGCCCAGUUGGGACUUGCAAAGUUAGCCAAUCAGCGGGGAAGCUCUCCGCUCCCUACGACGCUCACCUGGGCGCGUUGCUCUCUCUGCCGGCGGGUCUGCUGCAUCUCAGCUGGAUUCUUAUCUCUCCAGCGGUAUCUCCGCUGAGUACAUUAAGGAAGAUGAUUCAGCGCCACAUUUGGAAGACUGUCCUGGUUACUUCGUAUCGUAAAAGAUAUUGUGCAAGAAAAGCUGCAGAAAUGGACAACCAAAAUCAUUAAGAUACAGAAACAGACAUCCGAAAUCAUCAAGAAGUUGGAGUACCUCCCAUAUGAAGCUUUUUGAUUUAGGAAAAAAAAGAUGACUGUGUGGGGGAGAUAUGAAAGAGAUUGAUAAACGGCGGUUAUUAUCCCAGCUAUGAGAAGUAUUGAAAUGACCCUGGGCAAAGACUUUGAUCGGAGCUCAAGCAAUUUGCCGAAGAAAACAAUUAUCUGUUCCGAUUCCACAUUUGCUGAAGGAACCACCAUGACCUUUCACAACAUCAGCUACUGCAUGGAAUUAAAGACUGGCUAUUUUGGCAUGCGCGAAACAGUUAGAAAAGAGAUCUUGAAAAAUAUCAGUGGUGUGAUGAAACCUGGUCUCAAUGCAAUUCUAGGACCCACUGGCUGUGGCAAAAGUUCGCUAUUGGAUAUUUUAGCUACAAGAAAAGACCCCAAAGGACUGUCUGGAGAGAUUUUGGUCAAUGGUUACCCACAGCCUCCACAUUUUAAAUGUAUGUCCGGAUAUGUGGUACAGGAAGACAUAGUGAUGGGAACAUUGACAGUUAGAGAAAACUUAGAGUUCUCAGCAGCCCUUCGACUGCCUUCUUCCAUGAGCUCUGAGGAGAAACUGGAGAGAGUUAACGUGAUCAUUCGGGACCUGGACUUGUCUAAGGUUGCAGAUUCCAAGAUUGGCACACAGUUUAUUCGUGGAGUUUCUGGCGGGGAGAAGAAAAGGACAAGCAUUGGGCUGGAGCUCAUUACGAACCCCACAGUAUUGUUCUUAGAUGAACCAACGACUGGAUUGGAUGCCAGCACAGCCAACGCUGUCCUGCUGCUCUUGAAAACGAUGGCACAGAAAGGAAAAACAAUCAUUUUUUCAAUUCAUCAGCCUCGGUACUCGAUUUUCAAAUUGUUUGACUCCCUGACGCUCCUUGCUGCUGGAAGGGUUGUGUAUCAUGGCCCUGCAUCCAAUACUAUUGCAUACUUCAGAUCUCUGGGCUAUGUGUGUGAGCCGUAUAACAAUCCUGCUGAUUUUGUUCUGGAUAUCAUCAAUGGAGAUUCAACGGCUGUCACGAGUAAGGCUGACCUUAAUGAUCCUGAAGUUAUAGCAGAGAUUGUUGAGUCAGACAGAGUAAACGAGACCAUUGCAACAAGGUUGGCCGAACAGUUCUGCAAAACAGCUGCCUACAAAAAUAUGAAAGCACACUUGGAGGCAGUGUCGGCGGAGAACAAAAACAGGAGGAUAAUUUACAGAGCAAUUCCAUAUACCACCCCCUUCUUUCAUCAGCUCAAGUGGGUGUCCAGGCGCACAUUUAAAAAUUUGAUAGGCAAUCCACAAAGCUCCACAGCUCAGAUAUGCAUUACAACUGUUCUGGGUUUAAUUGUCGGAGCCAUUUUUUCUGGAGUUAAAAAUGAUGCCAGUGGCAUUCAGAACAGAGCCGGUGCGUUAUUCUUCUUGACCGCCAAUCAGUGUAUGAAUAGUGUGACAACCGUUGAACUUUUUAUCACAGAGAAAAGGAUAUUUAUGCAUGAAUAUAUAAGUGGUUACUACAGAGUGUCUGCCUAUUUCUUCUCAAAGAUAAUUGCUGAUUUGAUACCCAUGAGGACAUUACUAAGCGUCAUCAUCACUUGUUUAAAUUAUUUCACGAUAGGUUUCAAGCCAACUGUAGAAGCCUUCUUUAUCAUGAUGAUCACUGUUACAUUAGUCAGCUACACCGCCAGUUCUAUGUGUCUGGCAAUAGCGACAGGUCAAGAUGUGACAUCUGUGGCAAAUCUCCUCAUAAACAUUUGCUUUGUCUUUAUGCUUAUUUUUUCCGGCUUGCUGGUAAACCUUCCAACCAUUUCGCCUUGGCUUCUGUGGCUGGAGUACUUCAGUAUCCCUCGAUAUGGCCUGAAUGCAUUGCAGAUCAAUGAAUUUACUGGGCUCCGGUUCUGCGAGACCUCCGCAAAAGGAACGAACACAACAUGCAUCACGCCCAGUCCAUUUACAAUAUGCACUGGAGAAGAAUAUCUGAAGAUUCAAGGCAUCAACAUAAGUACCCGGGGCAUGUUACAGAAUUACGUAGCUCUUUUAUCUAUGACAAUCGCUUUCCUCACGAUUGCAUACCUUAAAUUGAGAUUUCUAAAAAAGUUUACUUAAAUAAUGUAGGGUGAACAUUCCUACUCAGCACUGCACAGUACUUUUAUAGUAAACGUGUAAUAUUUGUAAAGUA